AUGUCAGAGGGUGGGGAACCAGGAUUAUCUGAUGACAAGUUAACUGCUGGAACUGGUGCCGUGGAAAUAGAGCAGUUUGGCGCUAAAAGGUGUUUCAAUAUUUCAAUAAAAAGAAAACUGCUCCUGCCAUCAAGAGAUAUACCGGACAUACAGGCUAGCUACAGUAAUUUUCGAAUAAUUGUCUUGCAUGCUUAUUCAUUUAUUUAUGAAUUGCCGAUAAAAUAUUUUAGUAGCUCGAUUCGAUCGGUUGCUUCAAAUCAAGUUGACUUUAGUCUGAAGUUUGAUUUUAACCAGUUGCUGAAAUAUAUUUUGGAUUUUCAUGAUGAAAUAGAAAAUGCAUCAAAUGCCUUCUUUCGUUCAUCUAAUUUAAUUAUUUAUCGGCAAAAUCGGCAUAUUGAUCAAAUGGAUUUAUUACCAAAGGAAUUCUAUUUUGGUGAUCCAGUUUCCCAUUAUUUUGCUAAAGCCUGGAUCAUCGACAAUAAUACCACAAAUGCAAAAUUAAAUAAGGUUUCAAUGCUUUCGAUGUGGGCUUUUGCAAAGUUUCGAUAUGCAGAAGGCGCCGAUUUGCAAAUGCUUGAAAUACCGUAUGAAGAAGAUCGCCUAUAUAUGUAUAUAUUUCUACCAAGAGCGAAAUUCGGUCUUCAUCAGUUGAAGAAUGAAUUGGAUGCUGAAACAAUGAUGAAACUUAUUUCUAAGGGUAAAAUAGUCGAUUUAGAAAUUGAGAUACCAAGGUUCAAAGUGCAUUAUAUAUUGAAUUUACGAAAAUAUUUGACGAAAUUCAAUAUUGGAGAUGAACUCCAUCUCAAAUUCGAUUUGCCGAACAAUACGACAAAGCCAAUCGUAAUUUCAGAUAUAAUCGAAACAUCAUUUAUUGAAGUACAAUUACUACAGUUACUAAUUACUAAUACUUUAUUGUUUACUCUUAUAUAA